GGAACUUCCUCCGAAAUCCGAAAAUGAAGACCAAUUCAAUUAGCUGCUAGCUCUUUGAUAGUUAAAUACCAUUAUAAGAAUUCUAGUUUUAAACAGCUCGAAUAAUAGAAUUGGAAGCCCUUGUUUUGUAGCAACCGCUCUGAGCUCUUCAGAUCGAGGAUCGAAGAUUCCCAGCUGCGGCGGCUGAAACAAACCUGCAUUAUUUAUUCAUCUCCAACAUCUUCCAUCCAUCCAUCCAUCCAUCCAUCCAUCCGUCCAACUUCUGGUAUCACUCAUCACUCACCCACAACAUACACACACAACUCUCUCUUCUCUUCUCUCCCUCCCUCUAUCUCUCUUACUCACUCACACACAACAAACGUCUUAACAACCAAGGUCCAACAACAAGAACAUCUGCAACGUGAUCAAGCGCCCUUCACUGUCACACUAAAUCUCAUGGCUGAUAUUCUUUCUGGAAUCAAUAACCUCAUCCUCUUGGACUCUCUAUAUCCAUUCUUCCGUCUUACCGUUGUUCCUUAAGGUUCAUGUACAUGUACUUCACUACCAGCCCUAAGAGGCGGGUGAGCUUAACUGAGAAUCCUCUUUCUUUGCAUUGCCGUUGGAAACUGUACGAAGACCACCACAGCUGCUGCUAACCAUUCCGCCGUCCGCUCCCUCUCAACCGAACCUUUGCGAGAUAUAUUUGACCAGAAUGGCUCUGCGGCCUGUCCUUGACCAUGGCGUCCAGCUGCCGCUCCUUCCCCCGACGCCGUCUAUACAACCCGCGUAUCGCCAUCCCGUAAUCACCUUGACAUCACAUAUCAGCAUCCCAGAUGAGCCACGAGAUUCUCCUUUAUACAACGACGACGGAGAAGAAGAAGAAGAAGACGGAAACCAGACAAUUGUUGUCCCCGAUCAGUCUGUGUCUGAAAUUACUUCGGUGCCCGAAAUCCUCAUAUCCGAAUCAGGAGCGAACGAUAGACAUCCACCAAAUGUUGCGCACAGUAAUCUUCCAGCAACCGAAUCUACAUUAACCCCCCAGCUUGCCAACAACCCCUGGAGACAAUCAGAUCUUUCUAUCUGCCAGCAAAUGAGGACAAAAACCCGUGCUGCGAUCACCAUUCUCUCAUCCUUAAUUGCCUAUGUAUCGAUAAACAGCUUGGCUAGGGCUCUUAACCCUUCCGCUUUCAUUUGGUAUGACGAGGAUAGGGAGGAAAGCCGCUGGGUCGCGACCUCAAAUUCCUCGUUGGAUCGUAAAGCAUGUCGCUGGCUUGGUCUUUGCGGAGUUGCUCACUUUCGAGGAGUAAACGGUCGUUUUGGACAUCGCAAGUCUGUGCAGCAUGGCCAAAUACCAACCGCACAUGCCGGUGAGCAGGAAGAGUGGGAAUCUUAUUGGACGAGCGGCAACAAAACUCGCCCUGAAGAUUGGGCCAACGAUGAACGCCGAUUGCGCGUGAUUCCCAACUACGUUCUGGAAUAUGCCCCCCUGGUCCACCUUUUCUCCGGCGAACAGUUUUGGCCUGGUGAUAUUGCGGAGCAUCUUUACCAUAUUACACCACAAUUGAACUAUACCCCCAUCCAAGCUCAAGCUGAGCAUCCCACCCUUGCUGACCUCAAUGAGCUGAACAUGUGGCAGAACGGAAGCUAUGUUUUCUUGACCAGCAAUGACAAUGUGGAGGAUCGACCACCUUGGUUAGAGGCAAAGAAAAACAUUCCGAAGCCUGACGCUACCGAGGACAAAUUGGAGUGGCACAGUGGAAUUCACGACGUACAGGAAGCUAUUGCGGUCAGCGACAUGGAGGAUUGGCAUGAUGUUGGAAGCAGUCCUCCAAAGGAAAGAGGGAACGAAGCGGACCCUGAUUCACAUUCAUCACCGAUUCCCGCGGAGGCAGCUGAAAAGUACGAUAUUGUGGAUGAUAAACUAGCCCCCUGGCCGGAUACGAGAGGUAUACGCGAUGAAAAGAACAACAUUCCCGGCCGUAGCAAAGCCCCAGCAGUUUUAAUCGUCGUGGAUAAAGGCAACGGUAUUGUGGAUGCAUUCUGGUUCUACUUCUACAGCUUUAAUCUCGGCAACAUAGUUCUUAACGUCCGUUUCGGCAAUCACGUUGGCGACUGGGAACAUUCGCUUGUUCGAUUCCACCACGGGAAGCCCAAGGCUGUAUUUUUCAGCGAACAUUCGUUUGGGGAUGCCUAUAGCUAUGACGCGCUAGAGAAAAUCGGAAAAAGGCCUGUUAUAUAUUCAGCUACUGGGACACACGCCAUGUACCCCACGCCAGGCAGCCACGCUUACAUCCUCCCAUUGGGUUUGCUGCGUGAUCAAACUGACCGUGGCCCCCUUUGGGAUCCUGCCCGUAACUACCAUGCGUACACCUACGACCAUAAUAACGACGUUUUACGCGCCGCGAACGUUACCCCCCACGCGCCAACAGAAUGGUUCUACUUUGCCGGCCACUGGGGCGACAAGUUUUACCCCCUGGGUGAUCCGAGACAGUAUAGAUUUGCCGGACAAUACCACUAUGUGAACGGACCAUUGGGCCCCAGGUUUAAGAAUCUCGGCCGCCGGAAGAUCUGCGGGGGUGCUGCGACGGAUCCAUGUGUCAUUAGGAAUUGGAUUGGAGAUAAGUGACGAGGAUCUGGAAAAGCUUUGUUGGCAAGAAUGGGACGGCGGUGUUGUGAAUUUUAGCUCCUUUUCUUUUCCUUUUGCUCUUUCUUUCUUUCUUUUUCUAGGAACGGUGUUAACAUGAUAGACAAGAGGGUCCGGUUUCGGUGUUUGUAAAAACGUGGGACUCUUGAAUGGGGUUCUAUGACAUUUUUUUUGAGUUUGGUUGUUUUCUUUUUUCUUUUUUCUUUUAUGUUUUUCUUUUCUUUUUCUUUUUCUUUUUUUUUGCUUGCAAUUUACCUAGAGGAAUUGGGGUCGAGGGGAGUUUUUGGGAAGAUCCAUUUCUUGUUUUCUUCCUUCCCGCCGUUUUUUUUAGUUCUUAUUAUACCCUUUGAGACGACCGUGCUAGUACUGGCAACCCUUUCUCAGGAUUGUACUGUACACCAACACAUACAUUCAUUACAUAUAUACGUACAUACACGCAUAUAGAAGAUAUUGUGGGUUAGAGGUGGGAUGGAUUGGGAUGGGGGAACCGGAUGGUAUAGAGAUGGUCGGCUGGCUGUUUUUCGCUCUGACAUUGAUUAGUUAUUGCGGGAUUGUUGAAAACACCUGUAUAUAUUUUAUCUUGUUGCUUAGUUAUAUUAUUUGUUUUACCUACUUCGUUCAACCUGUUGGCAAUCUACGUAACUAUCCACACCUUGCUGAUUCUUGUAACUUCCUAGUCCUUGCUUGAUAACAACAGAUGUUAGGCAUGAAACGAGACUUGCAAAAAGAAUCGUCGUUAAAGAGCGUAAUGGAAAAUGGAGUUGUCAUAGGUGCCUUUGUCUUGUUUGUCCGUUUGUCCGUUUGUCCGUUUGUCCGUUUGUCCGUUUGUCCGUCUGGUUCUCUGUAUGCUAGUAAUAUGAUUUGUAUGUAAUGUGUGUAUAUACAUGAAAAUGUUGACAAAAGAAGAGCAAAAGUGGAAAUGAAAAUGAACACUCGCUGUACAUAUAGGUACAGUUGACUAGAAACCUAGAUAAGAUGAAUGAAACAUACAGAAGUAGAAGACAAAAGAGAAUGAAUGGAAAAGAAGGGUCAUUUAUCAUACUCACCACCCGUUACCACCCCCUAGGUAUCAUCGUCCUUUGGGGUAAGAAAGGGAAGGGGAACGGAGUGCGGAGGUUCUUAGAAUUGGGCAAGCAAGAGUAGUAAGAGGUUUCGAAAAGUGAAAAAGGAGCGAAGGGGACUAAAAGAAAAUCAAGACAUGUUAACCUAUUAGCUAGGAGGUGUUACUGUACUUAGAUACUUAGAAGGAGAUCAGAAGACUGGUAGUUUAGAGAAAUGAGUAAAAGGGAAA